CCAUUUCGAUUUUUUUUUAUUUCCAAUGUUACUUGUUAUUAAUAUUUAACAACAUGGCAACGGAUGAACCUGUGGAUCAAACUGAUUUGACUUGCGUCGAAGAAAGUCUUAUGAGUUUAGAAAAACUAGACAGAGCAUCGCCAGACUUAUGGCCAGAGCAAAUAGCGACCGAUGAAGUUCCAGGUGUAAACGAGUUUGUAGCUCAAAAUUCUCCUCAGUUAGAGCCAUCUACUUGGGCAUCUUUAUUAACCACGGAUGAUUUGAAUCAGUUACACCAAUUGGGAAAUUUAUCUAUGACAGGACUUAUAUCAGAAGUUAAAAAAUUACAUGAUUUAGCUUAUCAACUUGGUAUGGAAGAGGCUAAAGAAAUGACACGCGGCAAAUAUUUAAAUAUAUUUAAACAUAAGUUAUAGCAGAAGUAAUUAUUG